UGGUUUCCCAGACACAGGUUAAGCUUAGUCUUAGACUAAGAACUAAGAAGCACUUUCUAGUCUAGGACUUAAUCUGUGUCUGGGAAACCAGCCCAUUGUCUAUGAGUCAACACUCCCCUGGGAAGUGUACCUGGAACCACUCUAUCACGACCCAACCCUCCUGACCCCCUCUUCCAGACCAAGACCAUGCUGUCUUCCUCUCCAUCUUCCAUGACUCACCCCUCCUGUCUCUCUCCUCUCCCCCCAGACCAAGACCAUGCUGGGGGACCAUCUGACCAACGUGGGCAUCAACCGGGACAAUGUGUCGGAGGUGCUGCAGAUGUACAUGGGGGCCCAUUGCGGGCAGACUGACCUGGCCGAGCUGGCCCUCAGCCUGAAGACCAAGGCCUUCCAGGCCCACACCCCCGCCCAGAAGGCCUCCAUACUAGGCUUCCUGGCCAAUGAGCUGGCCUGCAGCAAGAGUGUCGUCAGGUAGGAGAAAAGAACAAGAGAUACCAAACAUGAAAAUAGAUCAUGCUGCAGCAAGAGUGUCGACAGGUAGGAGGAGAGAUGCUGACCUGCCAGUGCUGUACAUCACACAGGCCUUAUACCAGUGGAGCUACAAGGGAAUAGCUUAUUGUGCAAUAUGUAAGGAGAUCAAACAUGGAAAGGAUAAGGAUUCCAUGUUUUUACUGAUAGGAUAUGCAGACAACAUUUCACAAGCAUUGUCGUCCCUUCCUCUCUUAUUAGGUGGAGCCAGUGUGAAAGGUUUAGUGUACAGCAGGCUUCUAUACUGUUGUGAUCUUUUUGUGAGCCUACUGCCUUUUUAGCUCCUUACAAAUAAGGAAGUUUAGUUGACUUCACUCAGCUGCUAAUGCUGUCGUGUUUUAUUAAUGCUGUGUAAGACUCUGGAUAGAGCUGAUAAUCUGGUCUGGGAUUCAAUUUUGAUAGAGAGAGAAGCCAAUACAUCAAUUAUUCACUAGAACGGAGGGAUACUAGUGCUGCAGGCUAUUCACUCUACCGAGAGAGAGAGCGAGAGAGAGAGAGAGAGAGAGAGAGAGAGAGAGAGAGAGAGAGAGAGAGAGAGAGAGAGAAUUGAGGUAACUGCCAAAAUACAGGAAACACCAACAUAAAGUGUCUCAAUAGGGCGUUGGGCCACCACGAGCCAGAACCAUUUCAAUGCACCUUGGGAUAUAUUCUACAAGUGUCUGGAACUCUAUUGGAGGGAUGCGACACCAUUCUUCCACAAGAAAUUCCAUCAUUUGGUGUUUUGUUGAUGGUGGAAGGCGCCGCUCCAGAAUCACCCAUAAGUGUUCAAUUGGGUUGAGAUCUGGUGACUGAGACAGCCAUGGUAUAUGGUUUACAUCGUUUUCAUGCUCAUCAAACCAUUCAGUGACCACUUGUGCCCUGUGGAUGGGGGCAUAGCCAUGGUAGCCAAAAUAAUGGCCUGCCCAGCAUUUUUAUACAUAAUCCUAAGCAUGAUGGGACGUUACUUGCUUAAUUAACUCAGGAACCAUACCUGUGUGGAAGCACCUGCUUUCAAUAUACUCAGUAUCCCUCAUUUACUCACGUGUUUCCAUUAUUUUGCUAGUUACGUGUGAACUGACAUAUACUGUAUCUUACUCUGUUUCUACAGCGAGAUCGAAAAGAACCUUGAUCACAUGACCAACAUGAGGAAGGACAAGUGGCUGAUCGAGGGCAAACUCAAAAAGUAAGUGUUGUGUGUGUCGACGCGUGCGUGUGUGUGUGUGUGUGCAUCUGAAUGCUCACCUGUGUGUUUCUCUGUCUCCAGGUUGAGGACCAUCCAUGCCAAGCGGACAGGGAAGAGAGAUGCCAGCAUGGGGGGGGAGGAGACCCAGCCCCUGGGUACGCCCUCCUCUUGCCUCAAACGCAAGAGGAAGGCCGGAGCAGAAAGCGACGAUGACGAGGAUGAAGAUGAAGACAGCGACGACCUGGCCGAUGAAGAUGACGAGGAAGAGGAGGAGGAGAUGAAGAAGGGGAAGAAAGUGGAGACGUGUGACGAGGAUGAUGGGGACCAAUCAACUAGUGUGGAGGAGCUGGAGAAACAGAUAGAGAAGCUAGCUAAGGUAAGUCCUUCUAUGGACGAUCAAUGCUAAAUAGUUUGAUAUUACUGAUUCAUUGAUUUAGUUGUAACUCACUCAUGAUGGUCUUGCUUCGUUUCCCAGCAACAGCACCAGGUGAGGAGGAAGCUGUUUGAGGCGUCCCACUCCCUGCGCUCCAUGAUGUACGGCCAGGACCGCUACCGCCGGCGCUACUGGGUUCUGCCCCACUGUGGAGGGGUCUUCAUCGAGGCCAUGGAGAGCGGAGAAGCUGCGGGGGAGCUGGAGAAAGAGAGGGAGAGGAGGAGGAGGGCAGCAGGGGAGGUGCACAUCAAGGAGGAGCCGCAGGAGGAGGAGGUGCAGAAGAAGAAGCCUGGGGGUGUCGGCCAGGAGGAGAGGGGCGUCUACACCCCCGUGGGGUCAGAGGAAGGGACGGGGGAGAAGAAAGGGUUUCCCAAUCUUUUCCUCCAGCAGCCAGCCUCUCUCUCCAAACUGACCACGCUCCUCCAUGUCGCUAAGGACGUUGCCAAGGAAACCUGCGAAGCCGAGGCAGACCCCCACCCCAAAUACAACGGCAGCCCCACGCCGCCCUCCGUCACCACGACAACAAAAACAACAACGCCAUCCUAUCCCGCCCACAACGCCUCUCUGCCCGCCUUACCUACAAGGACCUGUGCGUUGACGGCACCCAACCUCCCAUGUGAGGAGGCCAAACCCGGCCCCCCCACCUCCACCCCGUCCCCCACCUCAUUCUCCUCCCUCCUGAGCCCCCCACCCCAGCUUUUCAGCCCUAUGAAGACCUCCACCCCUCCACAGCUCCAGUACCUCCCAAGCGACCAGCUCCUCAGGGUCCUGACAGAGAGGAGUGGUCACUGGUUCAGCUUGCUCCCCCGCUCCCCCUGUGACGACACCUCCCUCACCACCUCUCCCUCCCCUGGGCCCGGCCCUCUCCAGUUCUCCCCCCUGCCCUCCUCCAGCCUCACCCGGCCCAGGUCUCCCCCGGCCUCCCCCGCCCUGCCUCUCACCCCCUCGGCAGCGUCGGCCUCAGCCAGCCCCCACCACCCAGCUGGCUUCAUCAACUAUCCUCUGUCAGCCCUGCAGGUCAGUACCCUGCCAGGACAGACCCCUGGUCCUAAUGAUUUAUACUGGUAGUAGAAGCUUUUAAUGGAACAUCGUAUGAAUAAAUGUAACAUCAUAAGAAUUGAGGUUCUGCUUAAAGCUAAAGGCCUAAGUGUAGUGAUACGCAUUCGUUUUUCUAAUCAUGAUAUUGAAGUGUGUGUGUAUGUAUCUCCCCCCUCUAGGGUAAGGCUGGCGGGUCAUUGCUGGGUCUCUCAGCGUUCUGCGGUGGCUGGCCCAGUGGAAUGAUGAGCCCCAGCCAGCUGCCCUUCUGCAACAGCCCCCUGCAAGGCCACUCAGUCCUCAGCUCCCUGGAAGGCAGUGCCAACCCACCGCCCAGUGUCUCCAGCAAGAGCGAGUCGCCCGUUCCUCCUGGCGAGAAGCUCUCGUCCAUGGUGCCCUCUCCCACCAUGAUGGAGGUGCCCAAGCACUCGGACCACCCCACACCACGGCCCAUCCCCGAAGGUGAGCGUGUGUGUGUGUGUAUGUGCGUGUGGGAUGAGUUAUCUAUUUAUUCAGUUAACCUUUAUUAAUUCACUGAGUCAUGAGAAUAAAUCAUUUGUUUUGUUCCACUGGGUGGAAAAAAUGAAUCUCUUGAGGAGAGAGAGCACUGGAGUGCGUUCUGUAUCAGAAUACUGUAGAUCUAUUUCAAGGGGGCAUUAUGUUGUCUUAAGUUAUUUUUCUGAAACAUUUCCCUAUGUUUAUUUGUGUGUGUGUGUGUGUGUGUGUGUGUGUGUGUGUGUGUAGAGAUGCUGUCAGGCUGGUGGCGGGUGUCAGACAUUGAGGAGCUGCGCUCCCUGGUGAAGUCCCUCCACAGCCGGGGAAUCAGAGAGAAGGUCCUGCACCGACAGAUGCACAAAUACAUGGAGCUCAUCCCACAGGUCUGCACCAAGCACAGAGACGGUGAGUACUAAUUCAGACACAAACACAGGCACUCAGUCAGUCUGUAGGUCUGUCAGUCAGUCAAUAGGUCACUCAGUCAGUUGGUUGGCUGGUAGGUCACUCACUCACCCAAUCUUUAGCAACCUGCAUAGCCUUUGCAGAGUAAAUUUAGCCAACAGAUCCCAAUGGAUAUAAAUGAAUAAAGGAGCUUUGAUUUUGUGUCAGGUGAAACUGAGCAGCGCUCCGACUGGCAGGCCCAGACUUUCAGAAAGACUUACGCGUUGGAGUCUGAUUGAGCACUGUGUUAUGACAGCCCUGAGUAGUCAUACCCCUACUGAGCACAGUCCAAGCACCAGCGCUUCACAAUCAAUUGACAGUUGGUACAUGACGCAUGACUGCCUGCUCGAUAUGAGUCUGACAUCAAAGCCAGAUUUGUUAACGUUCGUAUGGUUUCUGAUUGAACAGCUCUUUGUGUCUGGAUACUUCAUCUGUGUUUGUCUGUGUGUGUGUGGGAACGGGGAGUGGUAAGAGUGUGUGUGGUUUUGUUGUCGUGUUGGGGAGGGAGUAGUGAGUGAUAAAGGUUGUGGGUGUUGGUCUGAUGUGUGGAUAAUAUGCAUGUUGGUGUACUUACACACACACGUCUAUGGAGCGGAUGACCGGUCUCUAAUGCCGUCCUGUCUCCCCGAUGUGCAGCGGCCAUGAUAGAGCUGUGUGAGCUGGAGGAGAGCCAGGUGAGUGUGGAGUCAGUGCGGGGCUGGUGUGUGGAGGAGCAGGCCAUGGAGAUGGACAUCGCUGUGCUGCAGCAGGUGGAGGAGCUGGAGAGAAAGGUCACCACCGCCAGCCUGCAGAUCAAGGUAAAAAACUAAAACAACAACAACAACAAAUUCCUUUUAUUAUAGCUCUCAUAUCUAUCCAUUGGAGAAAAUAUAGGCCUCUUUUCGAAAGUAAUGAAUUGUAGCAGUGGCCACUCACUAACCUUUUCAAGUCUAAAUGUUAGCCGAGAUCUAGUGACAAUAGGUUGUUAUUUAAGACAUUACCCACCAUUCCCUGCGCAGGGCUGGAUGUACCCCGAGCCCCAAUCAGAGAGGGAGGACCUGGUCUACCACGAGCACAAGCCCCUCCUCAAACACCAACCAGCGGCGGGCGGCGCUGGCGACAAAGACCAACCGGAGGACAAGGCGGACCACAAGGCGGGCGGCGUGGUGCGUCACGCGGACAACCCUCUGGACAUAGCGGUGAUGCGGCUGGCGGACCUGGAGAGGAACAUUGAGAGAAGGUACCUGAGGAGCCCCUUAGGUACCACCAUUCAGAUCAGGCUGGAUAAUGUGGGGGCUAUCGGUACGGUCACUGUCCCUGCUCCCUCCAAUACUGCUGACAGGGAAGGGUAGGUCAUCCACUCAGCAUUCAACCAAACACUUCUGUGUGCUUUUUUGUUUGGUUUUUCAAAAAGAAAUCAACCUAUGCUGUCGUUUUUUUUUUUUUUUGCUUCUUUUAUUGUGCAUUUUAUGGUUAUCUUCUGGUUUGGGGUUGACUCACACUGUGGUGAAUGUUGUUUAUGUUUUUUGUUUUUUCCCUGUUGGUCUUUUUUCCCGUUGAGUUUUUCUGGUCGUCUGCAUGGUGUUAUGCAUCAGUAAUGGCCUCCACCUCGUCCCCCCUACCAUUACUGUUCCUGCUCUCCUGGCAUCUGCAUGGGCAUCACUCCUCCAUGCCAGUGUGUGUACCUGUACUCAUAUAUCCAUGCUGCCUGCCUGCCUGCCUGUCUCCCUCACUCACUCACUCACUCACUCACUCACAUGCCUCUGUCUGUCUGCACAGCUGCAGCUAGUUGUGGUGACAGUGGGUGUGUGUCUGUGUAUGUGCAAGUGUUUGUGUUGGAAAGCGAAUAAUUGAGUGUGUGCGCGUACCUGCGUGCAUGCGUCCGUGUCCGACUUUCCGUUUUAUACCUGUUUGUAUGCGUCCAUCCCUCUAACAUCUCCGUUAACCUUCCACAGGGGCGAGGAGGAGGUGGCCCAUGGGAUGAAGGUGUGGAGGAAGGCCCUGAGCGACGUCCGCAGUGCCGCCCAGCUGGCCAUGUGUCUCCAGCAGCUCCAGAAGUCCAUCGCCUGGGAGAGGUCUAUCAUGAAAGUGGUGAGUGAAACCUCAACAGCUGUAGCUGGCUGGCACAGAGUUUCAAUAUGCUAGGGAAGUGAAUACUGUAUGUCAUUGAAGAGCAUUUGAAUCCCAAAACCAUUUGAAGUCCCUUAGGGAGUGGAUUCCAAUGUAAAUCUUGUUAAAUGUUGGUUUGAAAUCCAUCCCUUGGGUUUGAGGUGACACUGUGUUGUCUGCUUUCAGUACUGUCAGAUCUGCAGGAAGGGUGACAACGAGGACCUGCUCCUGCUGUGUGACGGCUGUGACAAAGGCUGCCACACGUACUGUCACAAACCCAAGAUCACCAACAUCCCAGAGGGAGACUGGUACUGCCCCGCCUGCAUAUCCAAGGUGACCCAAACUGUCCUGGACACUGUUCAACAUUUACAUAUCCUACCUUACUGUUGAAGUGUGUCAGCCAUGCAUAUUAGUCAUGUAGCUUUACAUUAUUUCAAAGUACAUCAUGUACCUGUCAUUUUCAUAUUAUAUAUUAUUUCAAAGUAGGUAAUUUAACAGCACUGUGUACACAAUAUGAUAAGUGCCAUUGCUAUGUAAGUACAUCUGCAUGAAUCUUUGUCCCUCCCCCCUCAGGCGAGUGGCCCAUCUCCCAAGAACAAGAAGCCGCCGAGCAAACCGGUGGCAGGUGGAAGCGGGAAGAAACCAACCGCCGCUGAGGCCAAGCGGAACGGGAAGCAGGCCGGCAACAGUAACGGUAACGUGGAGGUGUCAGAGGACGACUCGGCGAGCGCCAGCAGCACCCCGAAGAAAGGAGGAGGAGCGAAAGAGCCCCCCAGCAGGAAGAGGAAAGGAGAGGAGAGCCCCGCCCCGUCCCAGGCCCCGCCCACACCCCAGUCACCCAGUCAGGAGAGCCCUGUGUAUGUGAAGAGAGCCAAGACGGCCAAAGACAACAACAGAGACCUGGGCUUGUGCAGGUACUGUACUACACCAUAAGCCUUUGUCAUUUUCUAAGCACAAGUAUCUGCUGAUAGGAAUGUACAUGCGGUUGUAAAUGUAUUUGUCUGGGGCGUUCAGCCUCUUUAAAUAAUUGUUGAAGGUACAAUGUACUGUAAACACUUGAUCAUAUUCCCUUUGUGACGUGUGCGUGUUCUCUGCAGGGUGCUCCUGGCUGAGUUGGAGCGCCACCAGGAUGCCUGGCCCUUCCUAAACCCCGUCAACACCAAGGGGAUCCCUGGCUACAGGAAGGUCAUCAAGAAGCCCAUGGACUUCUCCACCAUCAGAGAGAAGCUCGUCAGCAGCCAGUGAGUUCACUAUUAAUAUUACACUAUUACUAUCCACUGUCUAGUAGUCAUACAGAACAACUAUAACUAACCCAGAGAUGUUCUGAUCAGGUCACGUAGCCAGGAAAAGAUCCUGGCCCUUAAGAUAACAUAACAUAACAAUAAAGCAUUUUACCAAUUUACUUAAAAUGAUCUGUUCCUCUCGUUUCAGGUAUCAGAAUCUGGAGACUUUCAUUAUUGACGUCAACCUGGUUUUUGAUAACUGUGAAAAGUUUAAUGAAGACAAUUCAGACAUCGGGCGAGCGGGACACAACAUGAGGAAGUUCUUUGAUAAGAGAUGGACAGAGCUUCUGAAGCAAAUAAACUAAUACAUCAGUUUGGGUGUUGUUUGACCAAUCAUCAUCACUGUCUCAAACCAGACCUCCAGUAAAAUUAUAUUUGACAUUUCAUAGCGGAGGCACCACGUUUUGGGAUUGACAAGAUGAUGACACUAGUCCGUCUGUUCCUUUGGGACGAACCCAGGGAGGUUAAAGUGAAAUGUCAACAGACAGACUUAUAACGCUGGUGUUGCUAGAGUACAACAGGGAUCAAAACACCCAAAGAGUCCCACACAAUGUCAACCGGGUGUCUUAGUGCAAUACCAUUUCCUGUUCAAGAUCAUUGCACUGAAUCCUCAUACCCCUCAACCACCCAAGAUGCAUCUGCGGUAGAAUACUUUCCACUACUUGUAAAUAGACGUUUUUUUUUAUUUAAUCGUAUUAUAGUGAAUGUAUUUAAUUUUUUAAUAAUUAUUUAUUAAUCAAUAAAUAAAAUAAAAAAAAGGUCCACAUCAUUUUCUAUGAAAAGGAAGAAUCAGCUCAACUGCUUUGAAUCGAAAGGAAUGUCUGUCUUUGUGUUUGACUUUUUAUUUAAUUUUUUUCCCAAAUAUGAAACAAAGCCAAGAAAAAAACUAACUGUUUACACUGUUCUAUGCUUUUGGGCAUCAGAGGACUGUAAUCAUUAUGUUAAAACUGUACAACUGCAUUUAAUUACAAAAAUUGCAGAAAAACAGUCAGACAAUGGUGAUACAUGUGUAUAUACUGUUUAUUAAUGUCAAUAUUCAAGUCUUGUUUGGAACGAAUUGUUUAAGAUAUCAGAUAUUGUUUAUGCCUUAGAAUGAUUGUAGCAUUCUAUUCUAUUUUAGUGAAAGUGAUAAAAAAACAUUAUUAUAAAUAUUGUUUGUACAAUAUAUACAUAUCCUCUGCAAACACUGUGGUAUCCUUAAUCUUGGUAGUGCCUACCCUUCCAACAGGGGCGUAGGGGAUAUCAUUUUUUCUUAUAUAUUUUUUUCAUUUUUAUGAUGACAUUAUUUUUAAUAUAAUUUCAAUCCAACAUGGCCUCCAAAGUCUGACACAGUAAUCAUUCCACUCCAUAAAGAAAGAGAAAAACAAACAAACAACGUUUAAGUCUUUUCCCCAUGAAACAUUUCCCCACAUCUGCCUUGCCACAGUGCAGAGGACAUAAGGCCAUUGGUAACCACUGUGUUUGAAUCUUGCUGUGUGUUGUGGCCUAAUGGAGGCAGCUAGAGUUUUUUGUACCCAAGUCAGAGUACUUGAAGUUACUUUAUUUAAGAUAUUGUGGAAAAAUGUAUCAUUCUUUUUGUAGGAGCUUUAUUUUACACUAGUGUGUGGCACGGACCUAUUAAAGGAUGUUUUUCAACCUAGUUUCACUCUGGGUGUGUUAUUUUCCCUCUUUUACCUACCCUGUGUCAUGAGUCAUGACAUUUUAAUUUGGAUGAUGUGAGUGGGGAGGAGAAUACCUUUUUAGUUUUGCAAUGC